GAGGACUUCAGUUCAGUUUCCAACAGGUCGUCUUCGAGGGUGGAUCGUUUUACGUACGCGCGUAGACACAAGACGAUUACGCGCCGAUCGCUGCAGCAACACAAGAAGAAACGUGUGGAUUCUUGAGUUGAACGCGUUGUUUUCUGGAUCGGGUCGAGCGCACGUGAGAGAGAGUGAGAAGAGAAUUUUGUAAUCGGAAGCAGGAAGAGAGCCGAGGAAGAUCGUGGUGUGAAAUUACCAGGCACUGCACUUAAGAAGAGGGGGAGGCAGCGGCGGCACCUCAGCCCGUUCAACGUUUUUCGGUAGUGAAGUGUGUAGCUUUCAUUCAUUCAUCGAUUCGCCAGUACGACGAGCAGUCGGCAGUCACUUCACGGUCGCUCGAUCGCUCGCCGCGGUUCAUUCAUUAGCCGCACCGUUUGACUCUUUGACCUGAACCCCUCGUGUCAUCGUCAACGCCUACUGACUGGGUACUGCUUGCUCAGUGUGAUCGCGAUUUUGACUUUUCGCCUACUGCAGUUUUUGUUUUCGGGGAGAAUGUAAGCUGGAUAUCGCAGUUGGCGGUGCGUGGAAUCCUGCUAAUCGGUGUGUAGAUCGCGAUCGCGUGCGCUGAGUUUGCGCAGUUGUGCAAUCGUGCCGUUUGCUUUGCAGAAGCCGAAGGCUGCUGCCACUUGCCGUGAGCGCACUCUCGGGUUAUUAAUUAGCCUAACGGAUAAGAUAAGCGAUUGUUUUGCAUCCAAGAGAUUUCCAUCGGUCUUAAUUAACGCCGAGCAAAGCGGCGCUUCUGGAACGUUGGUUGGCAGGCGAUCGACCGGUGAUCAACGCGCGGAGAAACGAUAAAAACAAACAAAUCAACUGAGCGGACGUUCGAAAGUCUGAGACUAGUGGUGGUCAUCAACGAAGUGUGUGGUGAACGAUGAGGCUAGAAAAAAUGUAUCACCUAAUGAGAUUUACUUAAUUUAUGUAUUGAGAAAGCUGAUUGUUAGAGCCAGUCAUAAAUAUUUCCCCAUUCGGGUCGGGGAGGAAGAAUUCGAAGAAGUUGCCUCAGAAGAAGAGCGGUUCAUAUUAGGUGGUUUUUCAUUGCUUGGUUUCUUAAUUGUUCGUUUGCGCACUCUUUUCUGUUCGAAAACCUAGUGGAAACAUUAAUUUCCCAAGUCCCGGGAGGGGCCCGAGAAAAAGAGUUAGUGAAGUGAAUACCGCAAUAAAAAUCGUGAAAAAAGUCAUAAAAACCUCGAAAAAAAACCUAAACAAAAGCUCGGGUAACGAGCAACCACAGCAAGCGCUGCCGUUCGUUCAUCGGAAGAAGCAGAUAAAAGCCCAUCAUCAUCAUCGUCGUAGUAGGCUUCGUCGCCGUUCGUCAUCAUGGGGUCUUCCAUCAACGUAGCCGCCGCCGGCGGACUCCGUAAAAGGCCACCGCUGCUGCUCCUACUGCUGAUGCUGAUAGCAAUCAAACAAUCGGUCGCCUGUUACUUCCCUAUCGAGUAUCAAGGAGAGUACAUCACCCAGAAUACGGUAACUGACGGGUCCGUCCGGUACAGCCGGAUCAACAUCACCGAGAGUGCGAUCCCCAUCUGGGGAAACUGCCACAAACGGCAUGACAACAACGUGGUCCUGAAAACCGGGACCGAGGAAGCCUCCUGCUACCGCUGCUUCCACCUGAAGCUCGUCUCGAAGAACGUCCUUCGAGUGCUGACCGCGGACAACGACUACAUCUCCAAGUGUCACACCAACGAGGAGAAGGCUCUGGCCUCCUGUCUGAGGGACGACGCCCUGCAGGACGAGGAAAAGAGCACCGAAAUCAUCCUUUACAAAUUCCGCGAAUGGAACAACGACGAGGUGCGCCAGGAGUACUGCCCGAUCCACGGUCGGUACAAGCUGACCUACAACAUCGACAACGGAACCGAGGAUCGCGUCGAGUGCGAAUCCCCGGAGUCCGAAGUGGACAACUGCCCGUCCGGUUCGGCGCUGAACCUCCGCUUCCGCAACUGUGCCUUCCACGAUCAGGAAGUCACCUUCGAAUGUCUCGGCCACUGGCGGGGCCUCCGCAACCAGAACUACCUCGCCCUGGUCAACACCAACAACGAUGCCCGCCUCGGUCCCAAGUACCGCUGCGCCACCUGGGUCGAAAACCCCAAGACCGGCGAAAUCGAGAUCUCAUUCAGCAAGGAUUCGACCUGCCGAUCGAUCAACAAGUACCACCGCAACGCGAACUCCUACGGCAACAACAUCAACAGCGACUACCACAGCGAAGUCAUCUCGUUGACUCCGAUCCCGCAGGAGUUCGGACAAAUCAGCCAGUACUGCAGCUUCCCCAAUUGGUUGAUCGGCAAAUGGGAGCACGUGAUCGUCAGCCAGAACCAGCUCAUCUACAAAGAUCACACCUCGUUCAAAACCUACACGAUGAAGUGCGUCAAAAACAACACCAACUUCGACUCGGACAAAUACAUCGUCUACAGCCAAACGCAAUGCGGCGAGGAAAAGUAUCAGUGCCUCAAGAUCCAACGGCGGGACGAGAACGUGUUCGAGUUCCAGAUCAGCUCGCGAUCGGAGCCCAACUUCACCAACACCAUCUGCAACGAGUUCUACUUCAAUGACGAUCGGUGGCUGACGCAGGGUCGGCUGGACAGCAACAGCAUCGUGUCGCCUUGCCCCAUCGUCGGAGAAUUCUCCGGUGUCAUUCCGGACGAUGAGGGACUGUGCGCCAAACUGUCGUCGGAAUGUGGAUCUCCGGACAUCAUGUACUAUCAGAUCUCGGCGUGCGAGUUCGACGAAGUCUAUGAAGAACGGGAAUACCGCUGCCUGGGCCAGUGGACCCACCGGAACAUCGUCUACACGUACACCCAGCGGCGGGACGUGGGUACGUACGAGUGCUUCGUCGGUACCAUGCUCUCCGAUCGGCAAAUCUUCAUCAAGGAAGCCGGCGAGCACUGCCAGCGGGACGUCAACCCGCACCGGUUCGGCAUGGAGCUGAACAAGGUGGCCCACUGUAGCGUGCCGGAGACGUUCAAGCCGUCGAGUCGGCCCACUCACAAGUACUCCGAGGUGUCGACGAUACGAUCGUCCACCACGUCCGGCUACAGCGUCAACAAUCGGCACGACCAGCAGCCGCACAGUUCCUCGCCGUCCGUGGUGGCCAACUCGACGCCUUCGUCGCCGGUGGUCACCACCGGACGCAGCAAUACCCAGUAUACGGUCACCAAUCAGCCGAGACAGCCGCAGCCACAGCCGACGGCGAAACCCGGCUCCGGAGCCAGCAGGCUCAUUGUACAGUCACAGUCCUCGUAUUUAUUAUUGUUAGCAACUCUUAUCUGUGUUAUACUAGGUUUUAAUAAAUUUAGGUGUUAAUAUUUUUUAUUUAAAACUGAAA